AUGUUUACCAUUAAUCCUAAUGCUUCUGAUGAUUUUUGUUACAAUCCGAAAACUCUUUCAUGGAACAGGAGAACUGAUUGUUGCUCAUGGAAUGGAGUUUAUUGUGACAAGAUGAUGGGAAAAGUAAUUGAUCUUGACCUCUUUGCAGUGGACUUCAAGGCAAAUUACAUACCAACAGUAGCCUGUUUUACAGGUUUAAUCCCAGCAGAAAUCUCUCACAUUUCUAGAUUACAAUUUCUUACAAUAUCGACUGUUGAUCCGUAUGGGCUUAGACUUGGGCCUUACAAUUUUCAACUGCUUCUUAAGAACAUGACCCAAUUAAGAUAUCUUGACCUUGAAUAUGUGAACAUCUCUUCCACCAUUCCCGAAAGAGAUUUGACCAACUUAGAAUACCUUCGUUUAUCGUACAAUUCCCUAACUGGUUCAAUUCCAUCCAACGUAAGUGGACUCCAAAACUUAAUUAGUUUUCAUCAUUUUAGUGCAGCAAUGGCUUGUGUAAAACUUGUACUAUUUCUUAUGGUAUAUCCCUUUCUCUGUCAACUUGUUUUCCCCUCAUCCUUACCUCAUUUGUGCCCCAAACAUCAAGCACUUGCUCUUCUGCAAUUCAGGCAAAUGUUUACCAUUAAUCCCAAUGCUUCUGGUCAUUAUUACAAUCCGAAAACUCUUUCGUGGAACGAGAGCACAGAUUGUUGUUCAUGGGAUGGAGUUCACUGUGAGGAGAUGACUGGACAAGUAAUUGAGCUUGACCUCACUUGCAGCGAACUUCAAGGAAAAUUUCAUCCGAACAGUAGCCUGUUUCAGCUCUCCAGUCUCAAAAGGCUAGAUUUGUCUCGUAAUGACUUUUCCGGCGCACAGAUUGCUUCAACCGUCUGCAAUCUGAAAAAACUGAGAGUGCUAGACUUCGGAAGCAAUCAUUUGAAUGGAACAAUCCCACAUUUUUUGGGUGAGAUGAGUGGUCUUGAGGUUUUGGGUUUAAACAACAAUAGUCUCAGUGGAAAAAUUAAUACUACUUUUAACACUGAAAACCGACUCAGCAUCGUUAACUUGUACGGGAAUAAGCUGAACGGGAAAGUUCCGCCAUCGUUGAUCAAUUGCAGAUAUUUGGAAUUCCUUGAUUUAGGCAACAAUGAGUUGAAUGACACAUUUCCAA